UAUUUUAGCAACAUGGCUUCCGUGUGUUUGAAUACAAAGCUUUUUGCUAGGUCAAUGACAAACACAUUUUUUCAAAAACAAAUUCGUUUCUUAAGUUCUCGAGUCUUAACAAAUGAAGAAGUCCGUAAGAAGCGUGUUGACAUCUUUGAGAAAGAACAAGCACGGCAAUAUGCCUUAGUGACACGUGUUGAAAAAAUUGAAGUGAAACAUACUGGAGUCCCUGAAGAAUGUUCUCUUAUCAUGAAUAAAUAUCUAUCAACUCCUUUUAACUGUGCAAUGCAUAUGCAAGAACUACUUACAAAACAAUCUGCUCUUGCUUUGGUAAAUGGUGAACCCUGGGACAUGCAUAGACCUCUGGAGAGUGACUGUGAGCUGAAGUUUUUACAUUUUGAGGAUGAGGAUCCACGUAUCGCGAACGAAGCAUUUUGGAAAAGUUGUUCUUUUGUGUUAGGCCAUGUGUUAGAAACAGCUUUCCAAGAUAAAUUUUAUGUUCAGCUGUGUAGCUUUCCGCCUCCCAAUAUCGCUAGUGGAAGUUUUGUCUAUGAUGCAGAUUUAAAUUUAGGUGAUUGGAAACCUUCAAAUAUAGAACUAAAUUGCUUGAGCAGGAUCGGUCUGCGACUGAACUACUCAGAUUUCAAGUUCCAGAGACUUGAGGUCCCUGUGUCUGUGGCGGAGGAGAUGUUUUCAGACAACAGGUUCAAGACUGCUCAGAUUCCCCCCAUUGCUGAAAAGUCAAAGACCGGGACCUCAGUCACAGUUUACAGGAUGGGGGAUCACAUUGAUAUCAGCUCGGGUCCUUUGAUUUCUAGCACAUCGCAGAUUGGCAGAUUCUCUGUUUGCGCGAUUCACGACAUAGAAAGUCCAAGUUUUGGCAAGUUAAAGCGAGUGCAAGGAGUUGCCUUACCUACACAACUUAUGCUUCACUCAUGGACAUACGACACAAUUUUACGCCCCAGAGCUGGAAAACCUAAUCCUGGGCCUGUACCGACACUUAAAAAUCCCCAGAAGAAUACAGAGCACUUAUCUGCACACUAGUUUUGUGUGUGUUUAGAUAAGUAUGAUAAUUGUAUUAUAGAGAGUUAAUGUGAAUGUGUUUGAAUGGUCAAGUAUACUUGAGUUUAUAUGCAAAUUUUCUUGUAAAAAUUAAAUUAAAUGUUU